AUGGCAAACAAUGGCGCCCCGAACCCCCAAUUCCUCGCGCCUCCCGCCGUCACAGCGUUGCGACAGGAGGCUCGGAACAUCAGCCCGAAAAUGACGAGAUCCAUGACCGAAGACAUGAGAGAGGAAAGGGAAGACCUGAAGGAAGCCGCAGAGCAGACCCUGAAUAUCAUUGUCGAUCUGGACCUGGAGGGGCGCAUCAAAUGGGUCAGUCCCUCGUGGCGACAAGUGGUCGGAACAGCUCCGGAGUCAGUCGAGGGCCAUUUGAUCUCAGAUAUCGUCCUGGGAGACAAAGAUGUCUUCAAGGAUGCAAUCGAGGCAAUGAAGGUGGACGACUCGCGGAGCCGCUUCAUCCGCUUUGCCGUCCAAAUGGGGCCCGACUCUGUUCUUAAAUACUCGCCAGAGCCGCCCCCGAUUGGGAAUGACCCGGAAUCAGGAGUCAGCAAUGAUAAGGCUGAGGACGAGCCUCCGCAGGCUGAAGGUAACCAAGACCAUACCGUGCUCACUAUGGAGGGGCAAGGCAUCAUGGUCUACGACCGGACAGACGAUGAAACCGGACAUACAAUGUGGAUGCUGCGCCCAUUUGCUGAACCGCGUGAAGUGACAAUCGACCUGCCGCCUCUCUUAGUGGAAUCACUGGGCGUGGGAGCCGAAGUACUAGCGAACUACCUCACAACUCUGGCAGAGGCGGCAGCCAAUGAGCCUGACCCAUCGAAACACCCCGCUCCUACGCCUGUUUUAUGUCGGAUAUGUGAGCGUCAAAUUACGCCCUGGUGGUUUGAGAAACAUUCAGACCUUUGUCUGCAAGAACAUCGAGCUGAGAUGGAUGUGCAGAUAGCUCAAGAGAAUCUAAAUGAGCAUCGGCACGCCAUUGUGAAGGUGCUGGACGCCCUGGAAGCCCGGCAUGGGAGACCCUUGAUCGGGCCCGAUGGCACUCCACAGCCCGCCAUCCAGCCCGAAUACAAGGGCUUGCCUAUCGGCCCCUCGCCAAUAAGCUCUGCGCCUGCUUCGUCUCCUGUAUCUGGCGGGAACUCUCGGCCUGGUACACCAGCUCGUUCGAGGGACCACUCGGCAUCAGGACUUACGCCCGGUCGCGGCAGGUCGUUCACCGUGCGGCGACCGUUAGCUCGGAUUGUUGAGCUGGUGCUAGAUCUAUGUGAUACUGCCCUAGAAAUCAGCAUGCCUGUCAUUAAGGAAAACACUCGGCCAGAGAAUUCGGAUGAAUUCCGAACUCUAUCACCACAGUCCGAAUCUCGGAUCUCACAGGUCCUCCAAUGGUCAUCGCCAAGUGCCAACACUCUUGAACAGGAACAAGGGCUCGCGGCUCUUUCGAGCGACACGGAACAGGUUGCCAAAGCCAAGGUCGAUGCCGUGAUUCGUCAUCGGAAGAUUGUCGAGUAUGCAGAGCGGAUCCGCAUCGAAUACACUGUUCUUGUAGAAGAGUGCAUCGCUGCUGCUCUCAGCAAGGCUGAGCGUAUCGCAGCUGGUCAACUGAGUGAUUCUUCAUGCUCAUCAGAGGAUGAACUCCCGGCAGAUACCCAGUUUGAAGCUAACGAGAGUGAGCUGAACUCCGGUAGCGAGGCGCCAUCGGCUUCACAUCCUGCGAAUUCACUUCCUUCGCAGGAUGACUGGAGUUCUCAAACGGAGCCCGCGGCGCCUACCCCUCGAAAGCCCACUUCCGCCCUAACCAUGUCUAUGCGGAGCUCCCCUGACAGAGGGAUGGCGAGUCAGAAUGAACCGAGAUCCGCAUCUGUAGCUCUCUCAACCGGAUCAAACAGCCCUAUGGAGUGUCCAACUCCCCGAUCUCAUAAGAGCGCUGCUGGUCUGCUGGGCACAUCUCAAUCCUCCCGCAAAGGCAUCUCUCUGGCUGAUAUUGAUGCCGGGGACAGCAGUGACAGCAGCAUGCCAUCAUCUGCUUUGGCAAGUGCCUUGAGAACCGAUUCCCCUUCCUCUGAACGUAGUUUUGAUCGAAAACGUCGAAGCUUGAUUCUCCCGGGACUAUCAAGCUCCCCUCGCCGGCAACCAUCGCCUGCUCGAGUAUCGGGGCCCCACUCACCUUUGAGAAUGCCCAAGCCACGUCUCUCCACCGGCGCAGAAAGCUUGCCAUCGCCGGUCGUGUCGCCAUCCACAUAUGCGAGUGAAUUGGCGCAUCAUCCUUAUCACCAUCAUCGCCGCCAAUCCUCGGCCAACUCAUCGGAUGUAAUGAAACCGCCUCCGUCCCCGCGGCUGCCGUCUGUUGGUCAACAGCCUCGCCCAGCCCCGCCUUCCAUUAAGGACUUUGAAAUUAUCAAGCCUAUCAGCAAAGGCGCCUUUGGCAGUGUUUAUCUAUCCAAGAAAAAAUCCACGGGAGAGUACUACGCUAUCAAAGUCUUGAAAAAAGCAGAUAUGAUUGCCAAGAACCAAGUCACCAAUGUCAAAGCCGAGCGGGCGAUCAUGAUGUGGCAAGGGGAAAGCGACUUUGUUGCCAAACUGUACUGGACCUUUUCCAGCAAAGAAUACCUCUACCUAGUGAUGGAGUACCUCAAUGGCGGCGACUGUGCUUCUCUUGUGAAAAUCCUCGGUGGUCUCCCGGAAGAUUGGGCUAAGAAGUACAUUGCAGAGGUUGUUCUUGGAGUCCAGCAUCUUCAUAAUCGAGGGAUUGUUCACCGAGAUCUGAAGCCGGACAACCUUCUAAUUGAUCAAACUGGCCACCUCAAGUUGACCGAUUUUGGCUUGUCCCGCAUGGGGUUGGUUGGACGCCAAAAGCGAGUUUUAAAGAGUCCCAAUGAACCGGUCCCGGAUUUGCUUAAACAAGGACCUUUCCCGCGUGCUAUCUCCACCGCGUCGUCGCGCUCCGCCUCAUUUGAUUUUCAAACUGGUCCUUCUCCUAGCUCUACGCCCUUGAUCACCCCAGAGAACGCUACUAGCGUCAGCCAGUCCUCCUAUUUCAGUCUCAAUCAGGCUACUUUAAAUCAAAACGGACUGAGCCGCCAAAGCUCUCGUCGUGCCUCGGGCUAUCGCAGCGAUAGUGCGGGUAGUGACAGUCUCAAUGGGAUGUUCCGUACCUUUUCUCUCAAUGACAACCAUAAUGAACAGCCCGCGGCUCCGUCACCAAGCGUGCACUCUACCAGCUUAGCAGAGGAAGAGACCCCAAGCGAAAUCGGUGAGGCUGGCGAUUCACCUCAUCUCUACCCGCUUCAGCCAACCUUCAGCAAUCCUGCUUUCCAAAACACUCCACCUCAACAGAGUAUGCUCCCCCCGGUCAUGGCACUUUUUGACCCCGAAGAUCAUGACCGGCGCUUCGUCGGCACUCCUGAUUACCUGGCCCCAGAGACCAUCAAUGGCAUUGGACAAGAUGAGAUCAGCGAUUGGUGGUCAUUGGGCUGUAUCAUGUUCGAAUUCAUCUUUGGAUAUCCUCCCUUCAACGCCCCUACCCCUGAUGAAGUAUUCGAAAAUAUUCUCCAUCGAAGGAUCAAUUGGCCGGAAGAUCCGGAAGAGUACACAACGCCUGAAGCUCUAGAUCUGAUGAACAAGCUUAUGGCUAUCAACCCUCAGGAGCGUAUCGGCGCCAAUGUCGAUGAAAAGUUCCCUAAUGGUGGUGCAGAGAUCCGGGCACAUCCCUGGUUCUCUGAUAUCAAUUGGGAUACUCUCCUAGAGGACAAGGCACAGUUUGUUCCCAACCUUGAGAACCCCGAGGACACUGAGUACUUCGAUGCUCGUGGCGCCAACCUCCAAGCCUUUGCUGAGGAAAUGGAGGAUGCGCCUUCACCGCAGGCCCCGGCCACUACAGGCCCAGACCGUCCGCAUGAUGCUCUCUUUAAGGUUCGAUCACAAGUGAAUUCAAUGAAGCGUCCGUUGAUGCCGCUCCAUAUUCCGCCUCAUGUGCGCGAUGCGCGUGAUUCGCGAAAUCGUAGACUCAGCGAACCCUCGCUGGCGGAUGACUUUGGAAGCUUCAACUUCAAGAACUUGCCAAUGCUCGAGAAAGCCAACAAAGACGUGAUACAGAAGAUGCGCCAAGAGGCAAUGCAGGCCCAACAUCGACAACCGUCCACAUCGUCAGCUGCUCAGACCCCACUUAGUUCCUCGCAGCCUUCACUGGAGGGCAGCCCACUACCCAUGUCUUUGCAGCGUACUUUGUCGCAGAACAAGGGGAACAACCGGCCGUCAUCGCCGUCUGGGCUCAGUCAAGCAAAUUCAUCCCCAAGCCGCCCAUCGCAACCCUCGUCCCCACUGCUCGUUCAGUUCAGCACUGGAAGCAACCACGAGCGACGGAAAACGUCCGGGUCAUCGUCCACUGCAUCCCAUCAAUCGGGUGGAAAUUUCCAACCUUCUUCGGCUGACCAGAACCGCAUGCCAAAUCUUCGAUUGGGUUCGGUUGCGUCUUCUCCAGUCAAGACUAGUCGCAUGCCAGCUCAUUCUCCCGAUAAGCUGCCCACCUCGAAUCAGCGCCACGGUAGUGCCCCAGCCAGCCGAGCUCGGUCGCAGACAAUCGGCUCUCAAGAUGGCGGAGACCUCGUUAAUUUCUCGAAGGAGCCUUUUGUACCGUCUCAUUACAAACGUCGAAGCCAGUUGUUUGAUAUUUCUCCUUCUUCCUCGGACAAUGAAGACCCUCGAACCAAAGCCCUGCUCAAAGUCCAGCGACGCCGCCAUAGCUCUCGGCGCCUAUCCCAGUUCAACAUCCAAGAUGGGCCAUUCUUCCGCCCCUUGGACGUGUUGAUUUGUGAGGAUCAUCCUGUGUCACGUCUUGUUAUGGAACGGCUCUUUGAAAAGCUUCGCUGUCGCACUAUUACCGUCACAAACGGGGCGGAGGCUGUACGCUUCGCACUGAGCGAGGUACAGUUUGAUAUCAUCAUGACCGAGUUCAAAUUGCCACAGGUCAAUGGUGUUGAUUUUGCACGCAUGGUUCGUGAAACCAGAAGUCCAAAUAGGCACACGCCAAUUAUCGCGGUUACCGGAUACCUGAAGGAUCUCCCAGAAACGCACAAUUUUGACGCACUUAUCCAGAAGCCGCCGACCUUGUCAAAGCUCACCGAAGCUCUUUGCAAGUGGUUUCCUGUUCCAAUGCCCACUACGCGAUCGGGCCAGGCGCCGACUGACGACAGCCCCAGUUCGGCUUCUUCCGGCUUUGUUCCAAACCCGCCUAGCUCUUAUCGAGGGUCUAGUCGCGAUGACUCUGUCAGUAGCGUCUUUGGUGACAUGGAUCCCGUUAAAACCGAGGACGUUCCUGUCAUUAUCAGUCGAAAUGACGACUGGGAUCAAGGUAGGGGUGGCCUGGGCAUCUCGGAAGAUGCGCAUCCUGGUAGCCCCGAUCCAAAGGCCGUUCCUGUGCCGCACCUUCUCCAUGCAGUGUCUGCACCUGCGGCCAUGGAUGGGACUGGUAGCUUGACCCCUCGCAAGCAGCGGUCUAGCGAGGCAAUCCGUGCAAAGCGCCAGUCGCUAGAGCGGAAGCAGUAUCAAGGUGCUGAAUCUGGCGACGACGAGGACGAAGAACUCGGGAAUUCUGCUGGUCGUAGUCCCCCGGCGAGGACCCGUCGUCCUGGCUCCAAGCUUGGCAUUGAAAUGAUGCGCACUAACAGUCGAGGAAGUGUUGUCAGCGGAAGUGAAGAGCUUCUGAAGAAGGAGCGCGAAGCCCUACGUCGCCGAAGUGGUGACUACGCUGAAGCCGAUACGGACGAAGGUCCCCUUGGGUCCCCGACCAGCGCAAGCCUCGAAGAGAGGUUCGAAGGUCUCAGUAUCCCUGAAGAGUCGGAAACAGAGUACCCUCCUCCCAGUCCCCGGUCCCUUCGAGGUGAGCCGACAUCGUCGUAUACCCGCCAGCCAUCCCUCCCUCACCAGGACUCCGAAACCUACGAUGGAUCUGUUUCUCAUGCAGGCAAAGGUGCUACUGUAGGGCAGACGACUCCCCCGUCAGAUGCUAUCUAUGCAGGCCCAGGCCCUAUCACCCCGGGAGUCCGGGGACCAGACGGCAUCUUGUCCGCCGAUGUCAGCUCCGCCAGCGACGUCGAUAGUCCGACUCCUGAUGCGGACGCUACUCCUCGGCCCAUGCACCCAUCUCCUAACCUUGACCCCGAGGAAACCCCCCGUCCCCCCGAUCGACACCGAUCUGAUCUCUCUCCUUCUGUUCGAUAUCUUUGA